AUGCUCAGAAAGAACGUAAGACUUAGAAAGGAGUAUCUCAUGAGGAUAGAGGAUGAAAAAAGAGCAAAAUAGAAGUAUGAUAACAAAAUGAGAUUAUUGAAUGCUGAGAUUGAAAGGAAAAAUGUUCCAACUGACCUUUAUAGAGAUGAAGAAAAUCUAAGAAAAGAAAUUAAUGCAUAAGAUGAUAAUACUAUAGGUUAAUAAACAAAAUUAUUUGUUAGUGCCAAGAACUCAUUUAGAUGAUGAAUAUGCUAUGAGUUUUUAUAGAGAACCUCAGAUUGCAUUGACUACAAGUAGAUCUCCAUCUUAAAGAUUGGUCACUUUAAUGAAAGAGAUGGGAUUAAUAUUCCCUAAUUGUACAAGAGUCAAUAGAGGUGCUCUGGUGGUUAAGGAUCUCGUAACUCAUUGUUAACAAAAAAAUUAUUCAGAUCUUAUAAUUGUUCAUGAACAUAGAGGAGAACCUGAUGGAUUAAUCAUAUCCCAUAUGCCCUUAGGUCCAACUAUUUAUUUUGGAGUUAAAAAUGCUGUCUUGCGUCAUGAUUUAGAUGUACGAGCAGGUUAUUUAACAUUAUUAUCAUAGAUCCUUUAUCUGAACAAUAUCCUCAUUUGAUUUUUGACAAUUUCUCAACUAAAUUAGGAGAAAGAGUAAUUACCAUAUUGAAACAUUUAUUUCCAGUCCCAAAAAUAGAUAGUAAAAGAGUCCUUACAUUUCAUAAUGAAAAUGGAGUGAUUUAAUUUAGACAUCACACUUAUUAGAAAUCAUUUAAUCAAGUUGAUUUAAAUGAACAAGGUCCAAGAUUUGAAUUAAAACCAUAUAAAAUAACCUUAGGUACAAUUGGAUAAAAGGAAGCCAUAGUAGAAUGGUAAUUAAGAACCUUUAUUAACACAGCUGGUAAAAAAAGUGUAUUAUGAAAUUGUAUGU